GCCAGGCUGUCACACGGGUUUGUUGUUGUUGAGCGACACGCAGAGAGGAUGGGACCACUUCUCCUUUCCCUCGCGCUGUGUUUGGGCACCGCUGUCCCGCAGCAUGUGAGAGCAGCAGAUGGUGAGGAACCAACUUCAGCAGGCCCUUGCCACCCAAACCCAUGCCACAACAGGGGCACGUGUGAGGUGAGUGAGUCCUAUCGGGGAGACACCUUCAUUGGGUACAUCUGCAAGUGCCCGCCUGGCUUCAGUGGAGUCCACUGCCAGCACAAUAUUAAUGAGUGUGAACGGGAGCCCUGCAAGAAUGGAGGCAUCUGCACAGACCUGGUGGCCAACUACUCGUGUGAAUGCCCUGGAGAAUACAUGGGCCACAACUGCCAGUAUAAAUGCUCCGGACCGCUGGGCAUGGAGGGCGGGAUCAUCUCCAACCAGCAGAUCACAGCCUCUUCCACUCACCGUGCACUCUUCGGCUUACAGAAGUGGUACCCCUACUUCGCCCGCCUCAACAAGAAAGGCCUGGUCAACGCCUGGACCGCUGCCGAGAACGACAGAUGGCCCUGGAUCCAGAUAAACCUGCUGCGGAGAAUGAGGGUCACCGGCCUAAUUACGCAGGGUGCCAAGCGGAUCGGCAGCCCAGAGUACGUCAAGUCUUACAAAGUAGCCUACAGUGACGACGGGAAGACAUGGCGGACAUAUAAAGCGAAGGGCAAAGACGAUGAUAUGAUUUUCAGAGGAAAUGUGGACAACAACGCCCCAUCGGCCAACUCCUUUACUCCUCCCAUUGAGGCCCAGUAUGUGCGGAUUUACCCACAAGUCUGCAGGAGGCACUGUACUCUACGCAUGGAGCUACUUGGGUGUGAGCUGUCAGGCUGCUCUGAACCCCUGGGGAUGAAGUCCGGUCAUAUCCAGGACUACCAGGUCACAGCCUCCAGUGUCUUCAGGACCCUCAACAUGGACAUGUUCACGUGGGAGCCCGGGAAGGCCCGCCUGGACAAACAGGGCAAGGUCAACGCCUGGACAGCCGGACGUAGUGACCAGUCUCAGUGGCUACAGGUGGAUCUGCUGGUGCCAACUAAAGUCACGGGAGUCAUCACCCAGGGAGCCAAAGAUUUCGGCCAUGUUCAGUUUGUGGGAUCAUACAAAGUGGCCUACAGCAAUGAUGGAGAGAGGUGGAGAGUGUAUCAAGAUGUGAAGCAGGGCAAGGACAAGGUUUUCCAGGGGAACUUUGACAACGACACGCACAGAAAGAAUGUGAUAGACCCUCCCAUCUAUGCGCGCUUCGUCCGGAUCCUGCCCUGGUCGUGGUACGGACGAAUCACUUUGCGCGCUGAGAUCCUGGGAUGUGCAGAGGAGGAGUGACUUCUUUCAACUUUGGAUUUCUCCACCAUUUUUCCCCCUCAGCUCCUGUGACAUGCCAGGUUUGGGCACACCUGGAGUUUCAAAAGUAGACUGCGCAACCUGUACAAAUCAAUAAAUUUACAAUGGAUUUUUCAACAAUAAUGUGUUUCUGUGGGUUGCUGUUAGUUCUUUUUGUACAAUGGUUUCAACCCACCUCUAUAAUUUCACAUUUUUGUCCCAUAAGGUCCACUGCAAAUGUAAUUUCUUUUUAUUACUAAGAUUCACCAUUCAGUUUGGACUCCUGUAAAGGUACAUGGGGCAGGGUGGGGUAUAUGUGUGUCUGUGGGCUGGGGGGCUACUCAAUGUGGUUGUUGCCAUAGAAACUGUUGUACAGUGUCACUUUUUAUCAAAGAUGUGAAUCCUGUCUGACGUGACCUGCAUUGUCCCAUUCCUGAAAUGUCCCUCAUGGGGAAGUCACUCACGUUUUUUCCGACCUAUUUUGACUUCUUUUAAUGACAAUAACAUGAACCCACCUGUCAAAACACUAUAAGCGAUCCUGUAAAAAUGUAAAAGAACUUGCAUGGUGCGUGAAUUAAAACUGUAUUAUGACAAAUCAUUUCAAACAUGCCCUAAAAGCUAUACCUUAGGGUCCUAUUUUUAUGUGCAUUUUUAAAUAGGUCUGAAACAUAUUGAACACACUGCAAAAGCCUACAGAAAACAUCCUACCAUCUAUUUAUUUGAAUUACUUCACCAGCUCAUCGACUGUGUUAAAUGUCUAUAAGAUUUCAGUUGACUGAAAAGCUCAGGAUAGAUGUCAUACAUAAUUAUAAUAAUAAUAAAAUAUGAUGAAUAAUAAUGUCACAAUUGUGUCAUUUCUGAUCACCUAUUGGAGAUGUCUAUUGUCUGUAACAUUGUUUGAUGCAUUUA